AUGAUAAUUUAUUGUGAUUCACAAAGUGAUAAAUUGAAUGGUAAACCUGUGAUGUUUGCAUGGAAAAGACCAUUAACAGUGAAAUCCCAAAUUUGGCAUAGUUUUGAAAUAGAAAAUAAAUCCAAAAACAACAUUGAUGAAUUUAUUGUGCAAGAUCUCCCGAGAGAAAAAUUCUGCAAUGCUGUUGAUCAUAUGGUGGAACAUUUUCUCACAGACGAACCAAUAUGUAAAACAAAACAAAUACGAAAUGACAAAGUUGCACUGAAUGAAGUUUGCAACUUAUGGAAAAAUGUGUUAGAACAAAAUUUAGUUCUUGUAUGCUACAAGAAAGGAUCUGAUGAAAUCAUUGGAUUGAAUAUGUUAUGUCAUAUGGCUUGA